AGGCAGCCUACACUGUGCACCACACAGGCACAUGCAUUCAAGGAUCUGACAACACUGGGACUUGACAUAAAGUGAAGAGAAUAAACCAGAGGAAGAAUACGGUGCAGGCAGGAUACCCAGCUGCUUGGAAAUAACUUUCCUGUCACUGUCAGUGGAAGCCAGGAGCUCCUGUCUGACACUUAGACCUACCCUGAGAUUUGGGAGGGAAGGAUAUACCCCUGGGACAUGCAAUUUUUGGAAAGGAUUUAAGGUGACCUACAUCGUGAGGAUGUUUGGAGCUAGACAGCAUCGCUACUUUGGAUGGCUGGUGGUUCUGUGGGCACUUGGAGCACUUCAGGGGGCAUGCAGCCAGGCAGUGUGUACAGGAACAGAGAACAAGCUGAGCUCUCUCUCUGAUCCAGACCAACAGUACAAGUCCCUGCGCAAGUAUUAUGAGAACUGUGAAGUGGUAAUGGGGAAUCUGGAGAUCACCAGCAUUGCGCAUGGGCACAACCUCAGCUUCCUGCGGUCAAUUCGAGAAGUGACAGGGUAUGUCCUUGUGGCUCUGAAUCAGUUUGACUACCUCCCACUGGAGAACCUGCGCAUAAUUCGUGGAAACAAAUUGUACGAAGACCGAUAUGCUUUAACCAUCUUCCUGAACUACCUGAAGGACGGGAAACAUGGGCUUCGAGAGCUUGGUUUAAGAAAUCUUACUGAGAUUCUAAAUGGAGGAGUGUAUCUGGAUGAAAACGACUUCUUGUGUUAUGCAGAUACCAUAAACUGGCAGGACACCGUACGCAAUCCCAAUGCCACAGUGAUCUCCAUGAACAGAAAUCCAAAUUGUGGGAAAUGUCCAAAAGCUUGUCCCGAGCAUUGCUGGGGUUCAUCCGAGAACCAAUGCCAGAGACUGACGAAGAUCGUGUGCGCUGAGCAGUGUGAUGGCCGCUGCUAUGGACCAUAUGUUAGUAACUGUUGUCACCGGGAAUGCGCUGGAGGCUGCUCAGGACCUAAAGACACUGAUUGCUUUGCCUGCCUGAAAUUUAAUGAUAGUGGCUCCUGCGUUACCCAGUGUCCUCAACCCAAUAUAUAUAAUCCAACAGCUUUUCAACUGGAACAAAACCCCAAAGCCAAGUACACAUAUGGAGCUUUUUGUGUGAACAAAUGCCCACAUAAUUUUGUUGUGGAUGACAGUUCUUGUAUCCGUGCCUGUCCUAGUAACAAGAUGGAAGUAGAGGAAAAUGGCAUCAAGAUGUGCAAGCCUUGUGCUGGAAUAUGCCCCAAAGUGUGUGAUGGCAUUGGGACGGGAUCCCUCAAGACUUCUCAGAAUGUGGAUUCAAGCAACAUUGACAAGUUUAUAAACUGUACCAAGAUCAACGGGAAUCUCCUGUUCUUGGUUACUGGUAUUGAUGGCGAUGCCUACCACAAUAUAGCUCCUUUGAAUCCAGAGAAGCUGAAUAUUUUUCACACCGUCAGAGAGAUCACAGGUUAUCUCAAUAUCCAGUCCUGGCCAAAGAACAUGACAGACCUGAGUGUCUUUUCGAACCUGGUUAGCAUCGGGGGCAGAGAUUUAUACAGUGGGAUCUCACUGCUCAUUCUCAAGCAACAGAGCCUCACAGCUCUAAAACUCCAGUCCCUCAAAGAAAUCAGCGCCGGAAAUGUCUAUAUCACUGAUAACCACAACCUAUGCUACUACAAUACUAUCAACUGGACCUCUCUGUUCAGGACAUCCAGCCAGAAAUCCACCAUUAGAGACAACAGGAAAGCAGAGAACUGCACCGCUGAAGGGAUGGUGUGCCAUCCUCUUUGCUCCAGUGCUGGUUGUUGGGGACCUGGACCUGAUCAAUGCCUGUCAUGUAAAUACUUCAGUCGAGGAAAUACAUGUGUCAGAAACUGCUAUAUUAAAUCAGGAGAGUCUCGAGAGUUUGCCAAUGGUACUGUUUGUCUAAAGUGUGACAGUCAAUGUGAGAAGAUGGAUGGUGGCAUCGCCACAUGUUAUGGAUCGGGUCCUGACAACUGUGCAAAAUGUUCCAACUUUAAAGAUGGCCCUAACUGUGUAGAGAAAUGCCCUGAAGGUCUGCAAGGGGCGCACAGCUUCAUUUUUAAAUACGCAGAUGAGGAUAGAGAAUGUCGCCCCUGCCAUCCUAACUGCACUGAUGGAUGUAGAGGACCACGCAUCAAAGACUGCAUAGGAAUCAUAGACAGGACUCCCCUGAUCGCAGCAAGUGUUAUCGGAGGGUUAUUUAUUAUAGUCAUCAUGGGACUAACCUUCGCAGUCUACAUUCGCAGAAAGAGCAUUAAAAAGAAGAGAGCCUUGCGCAGGUUCCUGGAGACAGAGUUAGUGGAACCAUUAACACCAAGUGGCACAGCACCAAACCAAGCCCAGCUGCGGAUCCUAAAGGAAACAGAGCUUAAGCGGGUCAAAAUCCUGGGUUCAGGUGCCUUUGGCACUGUGUACAAGGGCAUCUGGGUUCCUGAAGGUGAAACUGUAAAGAUUCCUGUGGCAAUCAAGAUCCUGAAUGAGACCACGGGACCUAAGGCCAAUGCUGAAUUCAUGGAUGAAGCACUGAUUAUGGCUAGCAUGGAUCACCCCCACUUGGUCCGCUUACUUGGAGUCUGCUUGAGUCCUACUAUUCAACUAGUCACCCAACUGAUGCCUCAUGGAUGCCUUUUGGAUUAUGUACAUGAACACAAGGAUAACAUUGGCUCUCAGCUUCUUCUUAACUGGUGUGUCCAGAUAGCAAAGGGCAUGAUGUACCUGGAGGAACGCCGCUUGGUUCACAGAGACCUCGCAGCCAGGAAUGUAUUGGUAAAGUCUCCUAACCAUGUGAAGAUCACAGACUUUGGACUAGCCCGUCUACUGGAAGGAGAUGAGAAGGAAUACAAUGCUGAUGGUGGCAAGAUGCCGAUUAAGUGGAUGGCCCUAGAAUGCAUUCAUUACAGGAAGUUUACCCAUCAAAGUGAUGUCUGGAGUUAUGGUGUCACUAUAUGGGAGCUAAUGACAUUUGGUGGAAAGCCCUAUGAUGGAAUACCAACACGGGAAAUACCUGAUCUUCUGGAGAAAGGAGAAAGACUUCCUCAGCCACCUGUGUGCACCAUUGAUGUUUAUAUGGUGAUGGUGAAGUGUUGGAUGAUAGAUGCUGAUAGUCGUCCCAAAUUUAAGGAGCUGGCUGCAGAAUUUUCUAGGAUGGCAAGAGACCCACAGAGAUACCUUGUCAUACAGGGGGAUGAUCGCAUGAAGCUUCCCAGCCCCAAUCACAGCAAGUUCUUCCAAAAUCUCCUUGAUGAUGAAGAUUUAGAAGAUAUGAUAGAUGCUGAAGAGUAUCUUGUCCCUCAAGCCUUUAAUAUCCCACCUCCAAUCUACACCUCUAGGACACGAAUCGACUCCAACAGAAGUGAAAUUGGACACAGCCCUCCUCCUGCCUACACCCAUAUGUCAGGAAAUCAGUUUGUGUAUCGAGAUGGAGGCUACACAACACAAGAAUCAGUGACCCUGCCAUACAGGCCUCCUGCUUGUCCCAUACCAGAAGUUCCUACAGUCCAAGGUGCAACUUCUGAAGUGUUUGAAGAUACAUGCUGCAAUGGAACUCUCCGCAAACAGAAUACAGAACGAGCUCCAGAGGACAGUAGUCUACAAAGAUACAGUGCUGACCCCACUGCAUUUGUACGGGAACGUACCUCAAGGGGCGUUGUAGGAGAAGAUGGUUACAUGACACCCUUGAAAGAAAAACCGAAGACAGACUACUUAAACCCUGUGGAAGAGAAUCCUUUUGUCUCGAGAAGAAAAAAUGGUGAUCUCCAAGCUCUUGAUAACCCUGAAUACCACAAUGGACCCAAUGGGCAACCAAAAUCAGAGGAUGAAUAUGUCAAUGAGCACCUUUACUUUAAUUCUUAUGCCAAGCCUAUGGAAAAUGUUGAAUUCAUGAAAAGCAAUGGACUAACUGUGCCAGAAAAAGCCAAAAAGGCAUUUGACAACCCAGAGUACUGGAACCAUAGCUUGCCUCCCAGGAGCACCAUUCAACACCCAGAUUAUCUACAUGAGUACAGCACAAAAUAUUUUUAUAAGCAAAAUGGACGGAUCAGGCCUGUGGUUGCAGAAAAUCCAGAAUACCUGACAGAGUUCACUCUGAAGCCAGGCACUGUCCUCCCCCCUCCACCUUACAGGCACCGGAACACUGUUGUGUAGAACUUUCAGUAUUAUUGAUAUUGGGAGAAACCCAUGAAAUCCCAUAGAGUCCUUGAGCCCUCCUACUUUAAUAGCCACCUUACUUCCUCAGGUGUGCUCUCUCAUGUAAGAUCUCUCCCAUCAGAAGGUAAAAGAAUGAAAUAGGUUAGUUUAUUAUUAUUUAUUAAAGAGAGCACUUGAUGAUGUCCGUUCCUGACCGGCAGCUCAUUCAUUAUUGGCAAUUUCUCAUCAGCUUUCCAGACACUGGUAGAAACCAUGGAACAACUUAUGAUGCUGUAGCAACUGAUCACCUCAUAU